UGGCUCCAGUCGCUUAGACUGACAACAAAUCUCAGGAAGCUUUCAGCAAAUCCAGAUGAUUGUACUGCAAUGUGUGCAUCAUCGCAUCAUGCCUGAAUCUGAGAACGUCAUUCACGAGUCUGCUCUUCGCGAUGGUGCUAACUGCCUUGGUGGCGGCUGGAGUGACGGGCGUGGGUGCUGGGACCUACCUCACUUGGGACAAGUAUCCCAAGCCCUUCAUCGUGAAGCAGAUUUUGGCGAAGCUCCCAGGCCUUCUCAGCAAGUCACUGGCUGGGUCACCGUGCUCUGUGGACUCGAUCGAUUUCUCCACGGGCUGCGUUUUCACCAUCAAACUCGGAGGCGUCCGGAUCGGCAACUUGGAGCCCUACAAGAGCCCCAAUCUGGUGAAGAUCGAGUCCAUCUGGAUCAAGGUGGACGUGAAAUCUUUCAUCAAGUCAGGUUUCAAAGAGCUUGUGGUGGACUCCCUGUGGCUCGACGGUUUGGUCCUGACGGUGGAGAAGCGCACGUUGCAAAGCUCCAACGUGACGGACUUAGUGGCACUCUUGAAGGACAAGGACGACAAGGAGGUCGAUGGCGAUGGAACGGCGCCCAGCGGAUUGGGGGAGAACUUGCAGGGCGUGGUCUCGAACGUGGUGGACACGGCCUCGAAGAUCACCCAAGGCGCCAUGGAUGUGGCCAAAGGUGUGAAGAAAGAACCACCCGAGGAGAAGAAGAAGUUGCAGGUCAUCGUGAAGCAGUUGGAGAUGACUCGCAUCAGUUUGGAAGGGGUGAGCGCGAUCUACAGUGAGAACCAAACGCCAACCGUGCAUUUGGCGGUGAAGGAUAUCAAGUUGAAGGACUUCAGCCGUCAGAAGACGCGGCCUGACCAGUUGGUCCGGCUGAUUUUGAAGCAGAUCAUUUUCAGCUCCUUGAACGCCGUUGGGGGGCUGAGUGCAAUCUUCGUGGAGACCGCCGGCAGCAGCAGCUGGUGGCUCUUGGAGCAGAUGGGCGGUGCCUUGGCCACGGCGGGCACGGUGGUCACCUCGGCGGGCGACGCGGUGAUUUCAGUGGGCAGCUGCGCCUACUGCAAGGUGGCCUCCCUCUUCCAGGCUGAGACUUCAGCUGAGGCUGUCAAAGUUGCCUGAGCGCCCUGGUGAGUGGACGCGAAACGCUCAACCCGUGCGGUGCACGGUGCGUGCGCAAGACGCGCGCGCAGCAGGUGUGACACGCGCGACACAGAGGUUGUGUGUUUCAGAUAGAUAGAUGGUGCUUUGGGUGGCUCGAAAGCAGGUCCAAAGAGCAAUUGUUAUCGUUUUGGCAUGCUG